AUGGCUCCGAAACACAAGGAUGGCGACGUUGUCGCAGUGGGCUACCCUAUCGAAUGGUUCCCAUCCGUCUCUGCCACGAUUGGCGACCGCUACCCCGAACGCUCCGUCUUCCAGCUCUUCAUUGCAGUUACGUCUGGUCCUCGUUUCCUGCUCGUCGCAUUGUGGUACAUCUUGACAGCAAGACCCAACCAAACACUUCCCAAGUUCAUCCUGGGUGUUGGCAUCUUCAGAACCUUUACCUGCGGAGGCUGGACCUACGUCACAUCUACCGACGACCAUAACUGGCACGACAUCUUCAUGAUUUCCUACCUGGUCGCUACUCUGCCCUGGACGCUUGGCUGCAUCGCCCUGAGCCCCAACAACCCCAAGGCCAUCUACUACCGCAAAGUCUUCGGUGGCGCCUUCUUCGCCACCCUUGUGCCUCUGGUCUACUUCUUCAUCCAGCACAAGGUCCACAAGGUGCCCGGCGCAUACACCAUCUACGCCUUCUUCGAGUGGGCUCUCGUCCUCUUGGAUGUCGCCUUCGACGCUGUCACCGCUCUCGACUUCGACAGCCUCGAGCUGGUCGUCAAGGAUACCAAGGGAACCAGCNNAAAGGGUAUGUCAACUGGCUUCCCAAAUAGUGGUAUGCGAAGACCACAAUGCUGGCCCGUGACCAACAAGCUAACCCGUUCGUCGAGCAGCAGCAACCAAAGAGUCGCCGACAAGCUUGCCGAGACUGACAAGGACAAGCCCGUUGGCCAGAUGUUUGCCACUCCCUACUCCAAGAGCGACAUGCUCGACGCCAUCGCUGAUGUCUACCUUGGCUUCACCUUCUGGUCUGUUCUUACCGGCUUGGGCUUGUUGAUCUGGUACUUCCCUCUCUGGCACAUGGGUAUCUCUGGCUAUGAAGCCUUUGUCAUGGCUCCCAUUUCUCCCUUCUUGCUCGGCAUAUCUUCCAUUCGCCGAACCGUUGUCCACAACAUCCGCAUCAUCCACUUCCUCUCGCUCUCGGGUCUUGUCGCGUUCCUGAUCCCCAAGCCCGAGUACCGCUUGUUCGCCGUUGGCUUCUCCAUCUUCAUGUCAGCUCUCGCAUGGUCUGCUACUUGGUGGUCGGAGCGUGCUCAGCCUGCUAGACUCGAAGCUCGCAUCUCGGCCUUCUCUCUUGGUCUGCUCACCUCAAGUGUCGCAAAGUAUGCUUGCCAGACCAACAACCCAAUCUGGCCUGCUGUCCACGCAGAGAAUGGCGGCUGGAACUACACUGGUCUCGUCCUUGCUGUUGUUGCCAUCCUGAGAGUCACUCGUAAGCCGCUUGACCCUCGUGCUGAUGUGCCUGGCUACAAGGCUGUAAGCGGCUCUUGCUUCCCUGCUGCUCUUGGUUUUGCUGGUCUCAUGUUCGGAAUGCACUCUCUCCUUUCCGACUCGAGUACCAUGAUCUCGUGGGUUUGGGAAGGUUUCCCUAUCCGCGGUCCCAUCGCUGUGCCUCAUGGUAACUACACCUUCCUUGCUAUGGGUCUUGGUCUGCUCAUUGGACUCUACUACCCUGUCUUCGCUCGAAGCUGGACCUUNUACGGUGUCGGUGCUCUUGGUGCUGCUUUCCUCACCGCCUUUUCACACUGGUCGGGCUUCUAUGGUGGUCUCGCGCUUGCUACCUACCUGAUGGCUGCUGCUCCUGUCCUGAUCGGCAAUGCGGCUCGCUACCCACCUGGUCGUACCUUCUUCCUUGGCUUCAUGUUCUACAACAUCUUGGUCCUUGCUCACGUCUGGGUCGUUGCAUACGCCUUUGUGCCUGGUGGCCCCCUUAUGCGUGAGCACACCGACUGGGUCAUGACUGCCAUGAUGCUCUUCAUCGGUUGUGGCAUCUUCUCUGCUACUGCUUCCGAGACCAAGCGCUUCAAGUCUGCUCCUGCCAACCCAUACGCUCGCAAGCAACGUUCUCACUACAUCUACAUCUUGAUUGGUCUCCAACUUCUCGGUGCCUCCAUCUCGUACCUUCGCUUCCCUACGUACGAUUACACUCCCUACCAUGCACCAGAGAAGAGUGUCACAGCAGGUAUCUGGACGACCCACUUCGGUCUCGACAAUCCCAUGUGGACAUCAGAGCGUCGUAUCGGUGCUCUCGUCAAGGAGAUGGAGCUCGACGUCUUGGGCUUGCUUGAGUCAGACACUCAGCGUAUCAUCAUGGGUAACCGCGACUCGACUCAGUAUCUCGCCGAAGAGCUCGGCAUGUACGUCGACUAUGGCCCGGGUCCCAACAAGCACACCUGGGGAUGCGCUUUGCUCUCAAAAUUCCCUAUUGUAAACUCUACUCACCACUUGCUUCCUUCACCUGUUGGUGAGCUUGCUCCUGCCAUCCACGCAACUCUCGACGCCUAUGGCGAGAUGAUCGACGUCUUCGUCUUCCACUCGGGUCAAGAAGAAGAUCCUGAAGAUAGACGCCUGCAAUCCGAGUAUCUGGCUGAUCUGAUGGGCUCCACACCUCGUCCUUCUAUCUUGCUCUCCUACCUCGUGACCAAGACUGGUCAGGGCAACUACAACACCUACGUUUCCGAGCGUAGUGGUAUGAGAGACAUUGAUCCCAGCGACGAUUGGGACAGAUGGUGCGAGUACAUCUUGUACAAGGGCUUGAGACGAUCAGGAUAUGCCAGAGUUUCCAGAGGCACCAUUACCGACACUGAACUUCAGGUCGGCAAGUUUGUCGUUGGUCAGCCUGAAGGUGGCAAUGAGCAGAUUUCUGAGGACCAGGUUCCUGAGGGUCUGCGUUUCCCUGCCAUGUUCAGAGGCGAGGGUGUCAGAGGACACAGGUACCACGUCUUUGAUGAACCCAGAUAUUAUGCUUGA